AUGGGCGAUGGGGGCGCCGAGCGCGACCGCGGACCCGCACGCCGGGAGGCGCGCGGCGGGCGCGGCGGGGACAGAGGCGGAGCGGAGGACUCGGGUGCUGAUGCUGGCCUCCGCAGCCCAAGGGAGAUUGCAGGGACCUCUGCUUCUAGCCCCGAGGGCUCCAGGGAGAGCGGCGCCGGCAGCGACGGCCACCCCGGGCUCGGUGAGGCAGACCACUACCGCCGCAUCCUGGUGCGAGAUGCCAAAGGGACCAUCCGGGAGAUCAUCCUGCCUAAGGGUCUGGACCUGGACCGGCCCAAGAGGACCCGCACAUCCUUCACGGCCGAGCAGCUCUACCACCUGGAAAUGGAGUUCCAGCGCUGUCAGUACGUGGUGGGCCGGGAGCGCACCGAGCUGGCCCGCCAGCUGAACCUCUCCGAGACCCAGGUGAAGGUCUGGUUCCAGAACCGCCGCACCAAGCAGAAGAAAGACCAGAGCAGAGACCUGGAGAAGCGCGCGUCGUCCUCGGCCUCCGAGGCCUUUGCCACCUCCAACAUCCUGCGGCUGCUGGAGCAGGGCCGCCUGCUGUCCGUGCCCAGGGCCCCCAGCCUCCUGGCGCUGACCCCUGGCCCGCUGGGCCCGCCUGCCGGCCACAGGGGCACCUCACUGGGUGACCCCAGGAACUCCUCUCCGUGCCUCAACCCAGUGACCUCGGCCUCGGCGUCCCCGCCGCUGCCACCCCCGCGGCCAGCCCUUUGCUUUUCCGCUGCCGCGCUCCUGGACCUGCCUGCCUGCUAUGAACUCGGCUCCUCGGCCUUCGAGCCCUACAGCAGGAGACCAGGCAGCCCUGGCGGUGGCAAGAAAGCCAACGUGUAA